AUGAGGAAUCAUGCCAUAAGGAAUCACGCCGAAUCACACCGUAAGGAAUCACGCCAUAAGGAAUCACGCCAUAAGGAAUCACACCGUAAGGAAUCACGCCAUAAGGAAUCACGCCAUAAGGAAUCACGCCUUAAGGAAUCACACCGUAAGGAAUCACACCAUAAGGAAUCACGCCGUAAGGAAUCACACCGUAAGGAAUCACGCCAUAAGGAAUCACGCCAUGAGGAAUCACGCCGUAAGGAAUCACACCGUAAGGAAUCACGCCAUAAGGAAUCACGCCGUAAGGAAUCACGCCAUAAGAAAUCACGCCAUAAGGAAUCACGCCGUAAGGAACCCCGCCAUAAGGAAUCACGCCGUAAGGAAUCACACCGUAAGGAAUCACGCCAUAAGGAAUCACGCCGUAAGGAAUCACGCCAUAAGGAAUCACACCAUAAGGAAUCACGCCAUAAGGAAUCACACCGUAAGGAAUCACGCCAUAAGGAAUCACGCCGUAAGGAAUCACACCGUAAGGAAUCACGCCAUAAGGAAUCACGCCGCAAGGAAUCACGCCAUAAGGAAUCACACCGUAAGGAAUCACACCAUAAGGAAUCACGCCAUAAGGAAUCACGCCAUAAGGAAUCACGCCGUAAGGAAUCACGCCAUAAGGAAUCACGCCUUAAGAAAUCACGCCAUAAGGAAUCACGCCUUAAGGAAUCACACCGUAAGGAAUCACGCCAUAAGGAAUCACGCCUUAAGGAAUCACACCGUAAGGAAUCACGCCAUAAGGAAUCAUGCCAUAAGGAAUCACGCCAUAAGGAAUCACGCCGUAAGGAAUCACGCCAUACGGAAUCACGCCAUAAGGAAUCACACCGUAAGGAAUCACGCCAUAAGGAGUCACGCCAUGAGGAAUCACGCCAUAAGGAAUCACGCCGUAAGGAAUCACACCGUAAGGAAUCACGCCACAAGGAAUCACGCCGUAAGGAACCACACCGUAAGGAAUCACGCCAUAAGGAAUCACGCCAUAAGGAAUCACACCGUAAGGAAUCACGCCAUAAGGAAUCACGCCAUAAGGAAUCACGCCUUAAGGAAUCACACCGUAAGGAAUCACACCAUAAGGAAUCACGCCGUAAGGAAUCACACCGUAAGGAAUCACGCCAUAAGGAAUCACGCCAUGAGGAAUCACGCCUUAAGGAAUCACAUCGUAAGGAAUCACACCAUAAGGAAUCACGCCGUAAGGAAUCACAUCGUAAGGAAUCACGCCAUAAGGAAUCACGCCAUGAGGAAUCACGCCAUAAGGAAUCACGCCAUAAGGAAUCACACCGUAAGGAAUCACGCCAUAAGGAAUCACGCCAUGAGGAAUCACGCCACAAGGAAUCACACCGUAAGGAAUCACGCCAUAAGGAAUCACGCCGUAAGGAAUCACACCAUAAGGAAUCACGCCAUAAGGAAUCACACCAUAAGGAAUCACACCGUAAGGAAUCACGCCAUAAGGAAUCACGCCGUAAGGAAUCAUGCCAUAAGGAAUCACACAGUAAGGAAUCACGCCUUAAUGAAUCACGCCGUAAGGAAUCACGCCAUAAGGAAUCACGCCAUAAGGGAUCACGCCUUAAGGAAUCACACCAUAAGGAAUCACGCCAUAAGGAAUCACGCCGUAAGGAAUCACGCCAUAAGGGAUCACGCCAUAAGGGAUCACGCCAUAAGGAAUCACGUCGUAAGGAAUCACGCCUUAAGGAUGCUGCUGCAGAUUAA